GGACUAGGCAUUUGCGAGACGAGGAUCGUGAACCGGCUUAAAGUAUGGCAUGUUGCAAAGAUGGUUUCUACCAAGAAGGAGCCAGGAACCACGAUGUCCUCCGGGGUCAGUUUAACCCUCCUGCACUUCCUGUGCCUGGCGGCUUGUUUAAACGAACCCCCAGGAGAUCCCAAAAAGGAGGAGAAAUUACGACCAGAGAAUUUCACCCGCAUCCUGGACAGUUUACUCGAUGGUUAUGACAACAGACUGCGUCCUGGAUUUGGGGGUCCUGUUACAGAAGUGAAAACUGACAUAUAUGUCACCAGCUUUGGGCCUGUUUCUGAUGUGGAAAUGGAAUACACAAUGGAUGUCUUCUUCCGGCAAACCUGGAUUGACAAAAGACUAAAAUAUGAUGGCCCCAUUGAAAUUUUAAGGCUGAACAAUAUGAUGGUGACUAAAGUGUGGACACCUGAUACUUUCUUCAGGAAUGGGAAAAAAUCUGUCUCCCAUAAUAUGACAGCCCCAAACAAGCUCUUUAGAAUUAUGAGAAAUGGCACCAUUUUAUACACAAUGAGGCUUACCAUAAGUGCAGAGUGCCCCAUGAGAUUAGUGGAUUUCCCCAUGGAUGGCCAUGCAUGUCCCUUGAAAUUUGGGAGUUAUGCUUACCCAAAGAGUGAGAUGAUCUACACCUGGACAAAAGGUCCUGAGAAGUCUGUGGAAGUCCCAAAAGAGUCUUCCAGUUUAGUUCAGUAUGACUUGGUUGGCCAAACAGUGUCCAGUGAAACCAUCAAAUCUAUUACAGGUGAAUACAUUGUUAUGACAGUUCACUUCCAUCUCAGAAGGAAAAUGGGUUAUUUCAUGAUCCAGACAUAUAUCCCAUGCAUCAUGACUGUGAUUCUUUCUCAAGUUUCCUUUUGGAUAAACAAAGAAUCCGUUCCAGCUAGAACUGUGUUUGGUAUAACUACUGUUCUGACAAUGACAACUCUGAGCAUCAGUGCCAGGCAUUCCUUGCCCAAAGUGUCCUAUGCUACUGCCAUGGAUUGGUUCAUAGCUGUAUGCUUUGCCUUUGUGUUCUCUGCCCUCAUUGAAUUUGCUGCGGUCAACUAUUUUACUAAUGUCCAAAUGGAAAAAGCCAAAAGGAAGGCAUCAAAACCCCAACAGGAACCACCUGCCCCUUCAGUUCAGAGAGAAAAGUGUUCCGAAGAACCACUUCAGAAUACAGAUGCCAAUUCAAAUGUGAGAAAAAGAACCAAUGUAUCAUCUCAGUCUGAUGCUGAUGUUGGCAACAGAGCCGAGACUGAAAACAUGCCAAUGGGAACUUCUGCAGAAGCUCAGGAGCCUUCUGGUACCACUUCCCAAUCCUAUCUAGCUUCAAGUCCCAACCCAUUCAGUCGGGUGAAUGCAGCUGAGACAAUAUCUGCUGCUCGAGCACUUCCUCCAGCUCCUCCAUCCACUCCUAUUUUAACUGGGUAUGCGUCCCAGCUGGUCUCCACUGUCUCUCCAGCCAGACACCAUGUUUUUGGAUCAAGACUGAAGCAGAUCCAAACCAAGGUCAAUACUUUUGGAACUUCUGGAAAAUUGUCAGCUGCCACACCUCCCCCUGUACCACCACCUUCAGGCUCUGGCACAAGCAAAAUAGACAAAUAUGCCCGUAUUCUUUUUCCUGUCACAUUUGGAGCAUUUAACAUGGUCUACUGGGUGGUCUACUUAUCUAAGGACCCUAUGGAGAAAUCAGAAAGUCUAAUGUAG